AUGGAGGUCUUUUGCUAUGUAAAUCAAAACGAACCGAAGAAAAAGAUUUCUAAUAUGCGUCAUGUACCUCCAAAUGGAUCAAUAAUUCGUUUAGUUCAUUUGACUUAUCCAUUGUUUCACCAAAUGAAAUGUACAAUUAGUGGACAAACACUACAAUCCAAUCAUAUAAGUUCAUUACUACAUCAAUGCUUACCAUUUCUACAUGCCGCUGGUUAUUAUUUGACGAAUAUGUUCUUAGACUAUUUAUUUUUAACAUUUUGUUUUUCUUUAAGAUGGAAAGAUUCAUGUUAA